AUGCGCAGGCUUGGAGCCAAACGGAAAGACUUUGAAAGCGCCGCCAAAGCAUUAGAUGAAUUGCGUCGCAAGGCGGGACCAAAGGAUCGUGUCAGUCCCGCUGCGGCUCUCAAGAUGGCUAAUUUGAACAUCUUUGAGCGCGGCGAAAUUAUUGAUUACCGAGACAUCUUCUUCUGCGGUACUCAAAAUGCGAAGAAGCAUGUCGGAGAUCUUCACUCGGGUGCUGCAAACUUUGGAUAUGAUGACGACAGGGGCGACUAUAACAUCGUGAUGGGCGAUCAUCUUGCAUACCGCUACGAGGUUGUGGAUGUCCUUGGUAAGGGAAGUUUCGGACAAGUCGUGAGAUGUGUCGACCACAAGACUGGUGCUUUGGUCGCAAUCAAGAUCAUUCGCAACAAGAAACGUUUCCAUCAGCAGGCUUUGAUCGAAGUCAACCUUCUCCGCAAACUGAAGGACUGGGAUCCGGAUCGCCGCCACAGCGUGGUCAACUUUGUCGAGAAUUUCUACUUCCGUGGCCAUCUCUGCAUAUCGACGGAACUCCUGGGAAUCAAUCUCUACGAGUUUAUCAAGGCUCACGAUUUCCGAGGCUUCAACAUCAAGCUCAUUCGGCGAUUCACCAAGCAAAUGCUCAGCAGUCUUACCCUCUUGCAUGCAAAGAAGGUCAUUCAUUGCGAUCUGAAACCGGAGAACAUUCUUCUCGUUCACCCGUUGAAUUCUGAAAUUCGUGUUAUCGAUUUCGGCUCUAGUUGUUUCGAAAACGAAAAGGUCUACACUUAUAUCCAGAGUCGAUUCUAUCGGUCACCUGAGGUCAUCUUGGGCAUGUCAUACGGUAUGCCCAUCGACAUGUGGAGUGUUGGAUGUAUCCUGGCUGAGUUGUUCACCGGUUAUCCUAUCUUCCCAGGCGAGAACGAACAGGAGCAACUGGCCUGUAUCAUGGAAGUCUUCGGUCCUCCAGAAAAGCACCUGAUUGAAAAGAGCACGCGCAAGAAGUUGUUCUUUGAUUCCUUGGGCAAGCCACGUCUGACCGUUUCCUCCAAGGGUCGGCGCCGUCGUCCCAGCUCUAAAGAGCUUCGUCAAGUUCUUAAGUGCGACGAUGAGGCUUUCCUGGAUUUCAUUACGCUUUGUCUGCGAUGGGACCCGGCCCGCCGGAUGACCCCUCACGAGGCGCUGAAGCACGAAUUCCUCACCGGUAUCAAGCCGACAGCUCGCCCCAGGAUGUAUGCUCAGACCACCGCAAGCUCACCCUCUAAGCGUGGCGCCUCCAGUGGGCGCCCGCUGCCUGAGCCUCCCAGCUCAACCUUGAAGACCGGCGGAUUUCUGCGCAGCCGUGAUGCAUCUGGUAAUUCUCCGGUCAAGGGCUCCGGGAAGCGCCAUUCGACAAUCAACGGUCCACCGCCGUCCAGCCCCGCCAAGCGAGCGGUCAAGGAUUCCACCACGCUGCCUCGUGCUUCCGCAAGAAGCAUCAGUGGAAAGCCCGACCUUGCCACCGCGGCGGCAGCGACCAGCUUGAGGACCAAAUAA